AAAGCAAGACGUGUGAAUAGUGUUGUGUUAAUUUGAUAUAUAAACCCAUCAAUAUGUAUAUUAUAUAUAAGUAAAUUUAUCUACAAUGUUUGUGAUAAAUUUCUUAGUAUAGUAUACAUUGUAUGUCACCAUGUAUAUGCUACCGGUUUCACAGAGACAUGUUCUACACUCGGACUGUUAUGCCGGAAUAAAUAUGACCGAAAGACACCAUCCCCGGGAGGAUUUUAGCCUGUGGUCAGCUGCACAGGGAUCGGAAGGGGUGAUGUCGGCAACAGGACCUAACAGUAAUGCAGCUUUUUAUUUUUCAGAUUAUUUCAAGUGGAAGAAUGGAAACCAUCUUUCAGCAGAUAUUUUUUCAUUAGGUGGAAUGGGGCAGGACUCUAUGAACCACCAUGUACAUGAUAUACAUCGAGUUAAUUCAGUGGGCGUGGAGAGUUAUGGUAGAACAAACAGUACAGGCAGCCUUAGUAGUCCAUCGACCCCAACUCAUCCUGCACCAAACAUACCGUUGGUUGUACCACAUCCAGUUAAACCAAAUAGAACUGGUAAAACCUACCAGUGCAAGAUGUGUGAUCAGAUCUUCAACACCAAGUCGGAUAUGUUGAUCCAUUCUCAACAGAUUCACAAACAAGAUCCUAAGCCUUACAAAUGUCCGACCUGCUCAAAGUGUUUUGCCAACUCAUCUUAUUUAUCGCAGCACGGCAGAAUCCACUCCGGAAUUAAACCUUACAAAUGUGAGAUAUGUGAACGGAAGUUUACUCAGCUAUCACAUCUCCAGCAGCAUAUUCGAACCCAUACUGGCGAAAAACCGUAUAAAUGUAUGCACCCAGGUUGUGGCAAGGCAUUCUCCCAACUUUCAAAUCUUCAAUCUCAUUCACGCUCCCACAUGACAGAUAAACCAUAUCGCUGUAACUCUUGUUACAAGUGUUAUGCUGAUGAACAGAGUUUAAGGGAACAUAUCCCUAAACACUCGGAAACUAAACAUUUGAAAACUUCCAUCUGUCAUAUCUGCGGCAAAUCGUAUACUCAAGAGACGUAUUUGGUACGACACAUGGCCAAACAUUCUCAAGACAACGCAAAGAAACCGAUGUUACGCCCCAUCAAACAGGAGCCCUAUGAUCCACUGGAGAAAGAUUUUGGACGUCUGCCCUUGCCAGAUAAAUUCCAGGACAUCUCCGCUUGUAGUAAAGGAUUCACAUCGGCUUUCAUGCCCUUGCCCCAGCUGCCACCUAGCAGCACAUCAACAGGAUCCUACCCAUAUGGAGCCAACAUAGGAGCCAACAGCUUGAGUUCCCCACUACCACACAUAUCGUCGAUGACAACACCGCGAUACUUUCCAUAUGACCCAAUUGGUUUCCGUAAAAACGACGCGUCAGAUCGCAACCUAAAUGUACCCAUGACAAACCGAGAUAGUAUGAUAGCCAAUAGUCUUCUAAGCUUGCAGCAUAUAAAGAACUACGCAUCUCAACAAAUGCCAAGCUUUAGCACGGCCUGUUCAGGAGGGUCACGAUUUACAUAAAUUUCAGAUUUAUUCUAGGCAUCAAUACAUUAAAUGUGUAAAAUGGAUCCAUCACUUAAAUGUGGUGAAAAAUAUAGGCAAAAGCCUUUCAAAGAAAUCAAAUUUUGAGAAUAUCCAGAUGUAGUUAAUGGCACUUUUUGAUUGUAAAUAAUUUUAUUAAUUCUCUGUCUAUAUGUAUAGUUGACAUGUCAAAUUGAAAGUAUUACAUUGGGCAAUUUACUAUAAAUAUAUCAUUGAAUGGCUUCUUUAGAAAAUUGUAUGUGGUUAAUAUUAUCCAUUGUAUCUGUAUGUUGGGAGGUAUUUGAGUGACGCUUUAUGUAGGGAGGAAUGGAGAUGAGUGACGCUUUAAUCUAAAUAACGAAAAUAAUAUUUGAACUAGUAUCCUGUAACGUUUUGUUAUAAAUAGAAUGGUUGAAAAGGAACAGUAUUCAUUGUGGUGAUGGUGGAAAAAGACUUGUUUGUAAUUCUAGAGGACAAAACUGACAAAAUUAAAUAUCUUGCAAUAUUUGAAGACCAAGCAUCAUGUUGCCCGGAGGAAGUUUAAUGUCCAAGAUUGAAAAAAUGAAGAAAAAAAAAACACCUAUUAAAAAAAAAAAAAAAAUAAUUAAAAACAUGCCAGCUGAUAGUCAACAAUUGAAAAUUUGGGAUGCCUUUUCAUUUAUUUAUUAAUUUUUUUUUUUUUUUUUUUUUUUGAUAUACAUUGUACAUUUUUAAUGUAUAUGCAAUGGUAAGACACAGUGAACAGUGAGUGUUUUGAAUUCUUAAAGCAUCCCAAAUUAACUAUCGAGUUCAUGACAGCUGUCAGUGUAUAGUGUCUACCUGUGUCCUUGAAAAAGCCUUUUAUAGUCUAGAUGUAACAGUCUACCCUGCAGCACCAAAAAAGGGCAGCAUAGCAGUGGUGCGCUCCUGAAAACGGAGCUUAAAAAAUGACAAUGAAUGAACUUAUUAUGUAGUGACUUGGUCACCUUCGUGAAUAUAAUUAUUAUAUAGUCAGCACUUGGUACAAAUUUGUAAGUGCUAUAAAAGUGUUGUUGUUAUUAUAUUAAUUAUUAUUAUGUACACUUUCACUCUGGUUUUGUUUUAUAAAAAUAUCAAUUCUUUGGCUAUACGAACGCAAUAGACCUUCUAAUGAUAUUAAUUUUGCAAGUGCAAGAAAAAAAAAAAGAUUUGUUUUGAAACUUUUUUUGUUCUAAAUUGAAGAGGAUUAUUUUAUUUUAUUUUUUUGAUCAUGGAAAAUAAUAUUAAUUGCUUUGGGCACAUAGUGUCGGUACAAUUUUAUUGCUGUGUAAUAAUAAUUAUAUGAGUUUGUCAAAGUAUUAUUGGCAUCCAAUGCCACUUAGAAUGUUUAAUUUGUAUGCCUGUACUAUGAAUGUGUGGCGCUUUUUUUUUCUAUGCAUAUGUCAAAUUUAAAAAAGGGUCUAUAUGAAAAAGGUUUUGAUAAUAAUAGCUUAUGAAAAUAGUACUUGGUAAAAUGCUUUUUAUGAUAUUUUUGAAAUGAGCUUAAAAAGAAGAAACAAAAUAAAUGAAUAGUGUACGUCUAAAAAGCUCAUUACGUUGUGGACCUAAUUAGGUGAUUUUCAUUCAGAUUUAUUCAGUUCUAAAUUUAUGACCAACUACAGAUAAGUCGAAUAAUCUUAACUUAGAUAUUUCCAAACCUAUAUUAGUUUGUUCACAAUUGUAACAAUUAUAGUUUAGAAUAGGCCUACUUUAAGUAUUCAAAUGUGACUAAGUCGUUCACAAUAAAAUGUGCAGAAAUGUGAUGAAAGCAUUUAAAGGGAAGCAACUCUUGUUAAAUCUCCCUUGCAUAUGGAGACAGACCCACGUUGAUUUUACUGUUAAUUCAUGUCUCUUUACCCAGCUCCAACUUUUUCAAAAUUUUCGUUGGUCUGAUCGCUCUCUGCCACAGAUGUAACAACAUGUGCCGGUGUCUUGCUCCCAACAUUUUAUGAAGGUGACCAUGAAAAUUUUGGGAUGCACAAAUAAACAUGUAAAUAUUCGCGUACAUAUCAUCGUAACUAACCUAUUAUCCUUCUGACUUUAAAUCAUGAAUAUUCACCAAAUCUGGCAGAACGUGUCAAUGCAAACCCUCAUAUUGGAUCCUGGACAAAAAAGGUCAACAAAAAUUGCCAUGACAAAGGGAGAGAGAAUGGUUAUUGAUAACUGGAACUACAUUAAUCUUAAUAAUAACUACAUUGUUCUGAGAUAAGGGGAAGCAAUUAGGGGUCUGCCUCCAUAUAUUUAUGGUAGUCAUUUCAAAGCAUUUACUACCGGUACCAAAAUCAAAUAUUAUAUAAUAUUAUGUUUGAAAAACAAAAUAUAUGUGAUCUUUUUUCAUAAUAGAAGCAUUUAUACAAAGUAGUCCAUAUAUCGGAUAUAAGUCGGAAGUCUGUAGAAUAGCUAUAUGGUAUUUAAUAUAAAUUUGGUGCGUUUUAAGCCUGUAUUAUAUACAUUGGUUCUAGGUUGUUUUUGUUUGUUUUAUAAACAGAUCUAAUGGUGUGGGAAACAUUUUUUUUUUUUGCUAUUUUUUGCUCAAAUUGAUAUAUAAAAAUAUUAUAUGAAGAUAUGUUAUUUUUCCCCCAUCAUUUAAAAUUUACUGUUUAUUUUCCGUUCAUGUUGUAUUAUAAAUUCAUUAUUAUAAGUUGAAAAGUGAAGAUGUAUGAUUUUGUUAUUUGCAAUAUUGAUGCAUAAAUUGUUUUUAUGUGAUUAUAGCUGACUGAUUGUUAAUGUUAAGUCCCUGAAUGUAUCAAAACACAUUUGUAAAUAGGCACAUUAACAAAAAGAAUAACUAGAGCCACUGAUUAGAAAAAUGAUGUGUUAUUCUAAAAAAUUGAUUUUUUUCCUUGUCUUGUUUGCGAUCAGAGCAAUGUGAUAUUUGCUUGCAUAGUUCUAUACAUUCAGUGUUUUAUGAAAUAAAAUAAUAGAAUUUGUAAUGUGCUUACUAAAUCUAGUGAAUAAAUAUAUUGAUAUAUCCCUUUAACUUGUAGUAGUGUGAAUAUUCACAAGUUUAUUAUUAGCAUGGCUAUAUCAAUAGAGUUCAAUAUAAUUAAAUGAAUAAUAAAACUGAUGCAGACUUUUGGAUAUCUGAAGAAAUCAAAUACAUUUACUGAAGUUCAAAAUUCAAUACAUCAUUUAAAUUUUUUAUCAAAUUCAAUUGUUGAAGAUUGGGUAAAUUUAUUUAAAUAUUUUAUAUUUAGAUUAGUAAGUAAACCCUGUAUAUUUUCUUAAACUAUAAUUACAAUCCAGAAGUUUGUAUCAAUAAAUACUAUGUACUAUGUGUAUAUUUUGCUAUUUAUUCCUUAUUAAGGAUUGAAUGUGUUGGUGGAAGGGAAGACGUAUUGUAAUUAGUCUAGCCAUAUAUUGUUAGUACAACUAUCCAUACAUGUUAAUAAUAUAGUCACUAUAUGUAUGUAUUAAGUCACCAUGUGUCAUUGCACAUGGGUUUUUCCCUUAUAGUUGGACGUACCUUAUCUUUCAUGUACAUGUACCGUACCUGUAUAAAAUUGUUACAUUUUUUGUGUGUGUGAAUUAACAAUGUCAAUGUUUUAGAAGUUUUUAAAGAAAAACUACCCAAAAAAAUAUUAUGUGUCAUGUCAUGUUAUGUAUAUUAUAGGGCACCUGGCCGCAGGCAGCUAUGCUAUGUGUCAUCUAUAUAUGUAUGGGGCCUUUGUUUAUAUUUAGAUAAAUAGCCCUGUUUCAAUUGACUUAAUAUAAUGAUUUGUAAAUGGCUGAAAUGUAAUUAUUAUGUCUAAAGGAUGUAUGAUAAUUUGUACACAUUUUGAAGUGCUGUUUUAACUUGGAUACGACAACAACUUAUUUGUUUGUACAAUGAAUAACAGAGUUAUAUAAAUGUUAAAAUGUGUGAAACUGUGUUUCCAUAGUGUGUUUGGAAUAACGAUAAAAAAAGCUAGUUCGUUUUUGUAUCUAAAAAGAAUUGGGUAUUAAACGAUACACCAAAUUCUAGUUUUUAGAAAUCUGAAGUUGGGCGUGCUUAAAAUUGAAAUGAGCCAAGAUAUUAAGGGCGAUUGAAACAGAGUUAAAAGCAUGUAAUCAUAUGUAAUUCUCUUUUGAUUUUGUGAUAUAUCGGAAAUAUUAUAACUGAGAUACAUAUUUUAGGCCUGUAUAAAAACAUGUUUAAUGUUGAUAAAUUUAACCGUUUGUAACUUUGUAAAAAUUCUGUUUUCGUUGUGCGAAUAAAACAAGUUUUAAGAUAUUGAGUACAAUUAAAACAGAGUUAUUGCGAUCACAUUUUACAUAUUUAAAAUAUGAACAAUAUGAUGCCAAUUGAUAUUCAACAAACAACGACAGUAGUUAAACUUUAAUUCAUGUCCUAAAAAUAAACAUUGAAUUGUUGUGGUUGUGGAUCAAGUCUUGUGUCUGAUGUUUUUUUUCAUAAGUUAAUAAUGUUGAUGUAAGCCAUUUUUAAACACCCGUUAUAGUUUUCUGUUAAAUCAAAAUUGUUGUGUUAUUUGAAUACAGUUUCAAGUGCUCAUUGCAUGAAGUAAGAUAACUUUAGUGCUUUUCUUAGUGAUUGAAUCAAAUGAUUGAUUUUCAGCUCACUCCGAGCAUUAUUGGAUCUAUGUGAUGGACAUUUUUCUGUUGUCUAUCGUUAUUGUUAUUCUUUGAAUCUUUCACGAAAUAAUUUUGUCGUUUUGUACAUUGGUGCCAAUUUUCCCCUAAACACAUAAGGCCAUAUUCUUGAAUACUGACUAGUUGCAUCAGAGUUCAGGAUUGAUCACUGCUCAGACUCAGUCAGGAUAUAGGAAUAUGGGGAUAAACACAAGAGACUAUAUUCUCGAUACAGGAAUAUGGAGGUAAAUGUUUAGUUGUCUUGUUAUAAAGACCUUCUCAAUAUAAUUCUGAUGUUAAAUUUUCUGAAACUUAAAAAAGAUUUGAUCAAGAAAGCUGGUUUUGAAAAAGACAAAUUGAUACAGGUGACAGAAAAGGGGAUAUUUGGCUGUUAGUGAUUGGUGCAUGUAGCUAAUACCAUUUAUAAUUUAAAAAAUGUAAACUUUGAUCAAAUUUAGCUAGACAUUUAAAGUACUGGAAAUUACUUAAAAAUUCUAUUAGAUUUAAGGGCAACGGCAAGCGAUUUGUGUGGAAUACCUCCUUGCCCAUGAAAGUGUCAUUGUGCUACCUGAAAAUAGGUUUUUCAGAAUCGUAUUUAUAUUUUGAUAAUUUAACAAGAAUUUAUUUUUUAUUGUGUUGAAUAACACCAAUUAGCUAUAUAAAGCACAUGAUUUGGAAUUCUGAAUUUAAAAUCAAUUUCACAAAAUCGAUUUGUUUAUUUUUCAAACAAAGAAAAAAUUAUGUCAAUUUGUAAUGUCACACCGAUGUUAUUCAAAUCAAUUUCUUUCCACCAAAGGGAGAAGCAUUUAACCCAAUUUCUUCAUCUGAUAAAAAAUCUAUUUCAAUUUAGCAUAGCACAAGAUAUCAAUUUAAGUUUUGUUUUUUUCCAUCACAGCUAAGGUGAAACGAGUACCUUUAAAUAUAUUUUGAAUUGAUCUCUUUAUUAUAUAUUACAUGUAAAAUAACACAUAUUUCUUUCUACUUUCCCCUGUUAAACAUUUGUAUCCAAGUAAAAUCUUUACUUUUUCGGACAAAAAUCUGUCAGUUUUUUGGAAGACAAAACUGAAUUGUAGGAAAAAUUUAUGGAAUAUUACCAGUACCUCAUUAACUGUUCAUUGUAUUACAUGGAUUUAUUACUGAAAAACUUUCCACUAAUUCUUCCCAUUGAAAAAAAACAAAAUGUUCCAUCAUUAAACACUGUAAUGGGUACAAAUGCAGUAUAUCAGUAUGAAAUUGUUUGAAGAAGAGAUUUUGCUUGUAUACAUCAGUUUAUCUACUAUGUACAGAAUAGAAGUCACGUUUUUUUAAAAUUGUGCACACUUCAUAUCAUGUUAAUUGUUGGUUUCGAUCAUUCCAGCUUAAAUUGUCAUUAUUUUGACUAAAACAAAUAUUUGUCUGGAAAAAGUAGCAUCCAUUGUGUAUGUUGUAAAUGUCUGGCUGCAUAUACAGUUAAUACAAUGACUUAAAUGGAAUGUUACCUCAACAUUCUGCAUAUUUCAAAUAUGAGGUAAAGCCUGAUGACAGCCACUUUUCCUCUGAGAAUCUCUGUAUGACGUUUGACACUUAUACAAAUUAAGUGCUAUUUGUCCAGACAACAUUUGGUUGUAGUUGAAAAGGGGAAAUUUAAGUUGAAGCGAAUGAAACUAGUUAAUUGUGUACUCACUGGUUGUAUUUCUAAUGUUAUCAGUUUUUUUUGUAAAAAAUUUCAUGUUCAUUGUGUGAUUAUUAUUGCUACUUUAUUAAGCCACAUUACAUCAUUAUUAUUAUUAUUAAUUAAUUAAUUGAUUAAUUACUCUUUAAUUAAAAUUUCUGUUGAUUGUUUAACUAUAAGGAUGAAACUGAUUAGCCAGCCUUUUCAAUAUUUCUGUGGACAGUUUUUAACAAAAUGCUUACCUAUAAAUUUCUCCUUCUCUCUCACGAUUAUAUUUACUACAAAAUUUCCAGCUUAUUACAUUGUAGAAGUUUGGAAGAAUUUUUUGAUAUUAUGUUGUGAAGAAUCCUAAAGUAACAUAUAUAUAUGAACUAUAUUAUCAUUAAUAACAAAGAGUUUUGUAACAGCAUUAACUUUUUUUCUGAAAUUCCAAUACGAUGCAUACACAACUAAAAGAAUUAUGUGUUAAAGCAAUGACUCAUAUUACUAGUUGAUUUGGUCGCUGUAUGUGCACAAAUAAUUUUCCAACAACGAAUAAAUUUGACAAACUGCGUAUAAAGUAGAAUAUCGGCAUAUUAGAUACAAAAUAAAUGAUGGAAUUGUUAAAGUUAAAGGACAUUAUUGAAAAGAAAGUAAAUCAUGAAAAUAUUGAAGAGGUUGGCAGUUUAAGAUUUAGUUAAGACAUUUUAAGAAUUUUUAUACUGAAGAUCACAGAUAUUCUCAUCAACAAAAGAAUUAAUAAUAAAUCUGAAGGUGAUCAGAUUAGAUAACUUUACAUAACUUGCAAACAAUGGGACAAAAAACAAAAACUCACCGGAGAUAUAUUAAAAUUGCAUGAAAUGUUAAACCUGGCAUUUGCUUUGUAAGUAAAUACCAAAUAAUAACAGAUUCAAAGAAACAACAUUUAGUACAUUUUCUUAUAAUUACGUUGAAUUUUUAGUGUACAAGUUUAUUAAUAAUGUUUGAAUAUUAUCAAAUUCAUCUAAAAAAAAAACAACAUCUGAACACAUUUUAAAAAGUUGUGAAUUUUAUUAAAAUGUUUGUUAUAUCCGGUAUCUGUUGUUUUGAAUAACAUCAAAAAUAUUUUAAGAAGUUAUCAGAUCUAAUUUAAUUCCUUCUGUUCAUUUUGUUUUCUUACUAAAUUUUGUAUAGAUGCAUCGACUACAAAAUUCUUCUUUGGCUUUCAUAAUAAAAUCUAAAAUUUUAUGGAUACAUUUAUCACAAUUUCAAUGAUGAUUUUGAGUAAAGUGUAAUUCCAUGAAAGAUCUGAAAACAUUUUUUAUUUUAUUUUUUUAGCCUUUCUUAGUUUUUAACCAAAUUUAUAAUGGCUGGUUGCCAUUGCUCAAAGUAAAAUAUGCAUUUUAGAACAGGAUCAAUAUUUUGUCAACAUAGACCAAACAAAGUAUUUUAAGUUAUGGAGCAAGUUGUGUAAAAACCGAGUUGAGCAAUAAAGAGUUAAACGAUCUGGUGACACCUUUCUUAAAACAUACAGCACAAAUCUGUCCCGUGUUCAGUAGAAGAGAACACAGGCGUGUUAGCUACCGUUUGUCAUUUCAAAUCACACUGCGGUAAACCCCAGCAUGUGAACACAAACGUAGCAAACACAAACGGGGUUGAUAUGAUAACAAGGAUUAAUGGCCCAAAACGAACAGGACAAAUUAGAUUUUUAUCCAUAUAAUUUUUAUUUUCUGUAAUCUGAUUUCUAACUAUAAAUGUUAUUUCAAACUGUAUUAAAAAAUGUACUUCAUCAUGUAAAAUUUCAAGUAGCCAAGGAGACGCAAAUGAUAUGAAAUGAUUUGUGGAGUAAGGAAUUACAUUCUAUCCUUAUAACCGAUACAACUACAGUCGCAAAAUCUCAUACAAAAUCAUCUUGUUCAUAAAUUUUACUGAAGGAAUUUAUGGAAAAUUACAAUUUGAAGACUUGAACUAUUCAAAAUUUCAAAAACUAUUUAUUCAAAAUUAAAAGAAUGAAAUAUAGGUUUUCAAAAUAAAAGUGUAUUUUUUUCAUAAAAAUCUGGUUUUGAUCAAUUCACUUGCCAUUACUCAACAAAUUAAGACACAAAUUAGAAAUAUAUUUGGGGCAAAAUUCAGGAAAGCACCAUCAUAAACCAUGUUUGCAAGUUGGACUUAAUUAAAAAGUGAACAAAAUACUUAAAAGAUUUUACAAUGGAAUGGUUUUUGUAAGUUGAACCCGAGAUUUUAUUGUGUACUGUAGUUGGUGGAUAAGAUAUUAAUAAUAAACCUGGUGCUUUCAUUGAAAAGAAAACUAAAAAUAUGGCUUGGAGGUGCCAUUUGUAAUGCUGCCUUAACAAUAUUAUACUGCUCAUAUCCGACAGUGGUAGCUACUUGGAAUCAGAAAAACAACAUCAUUCAAUUUGUCCAUCCAAACCAACGAUUCAUAAUGGAGAACUUAAAGCUGAGAGUUGGUGCUUAUCUGUCCAAAAAUGAUUUAAAAUUAAUGAUGAUGAAAUAUCUUUUAACUUUACUUUUAUUUACCAAGGAUUUAAUUUUUUUUUUCUCUCUUUUUUUUUUUUUAAUCUCUUGUCAUAAAUAUAUUACAAGGAAUAACUUGACACUACAAGUUGCGUUAAGGUAGCAACUCUAAAAAGUAGCCUUUCGGAUAUUAUAUUCUUUUCUUUAUCACUUUUAUUAUUUGUGGUAUUAAUUAUGCAUUCUUGUAUCUAAGCUUUGUUAAAAAUAAAGUCUAUAAAAGUAA